AUGGCUCAUGCUACUUCCGAGAUCGUUUGGCUUCACUGGCUUCUUUCUGAUAUGGGUGUCUCUCUUUCUGAUCCGACUCCGUUGUAUUGUGAUAAUCAGAGUGCUGUCCAGAUUACCCAUAAUUCCGUCUUUCAUGAGCGGACCAAGCAUGUUGAAAUAGAUUGUCACUUUGUCAGACAGCAUCUUCAGGCUGGCACUAUUACUCUCCAUUUUUCUCCUCCAAUCUCACCUUCUUCAAAUGCCCCACCAGCAGCAGUUCACUUGACUAGCGGAUUGAGAAAUUCUUUAGCCAUAAUCACAAUUACAGAUUUAAUGUGUCAAAGGAAUGUGGUGAGUGUCACGACCACGGAGGCCAAUGUCCUCGAUACAACAGCUCCAAGUUCCAAUGCAUUGAGCAAGAACAAAUCACCUGAUAUUGAUUCUAGCAACAGAUUUGGGGUCUCUGUCUUCUCCUACACUGAACUUGAAGAAGCCACGCAUAACUUUGAUCCUACUGAAGAAUUGGGAGAUGGAGGUUUUGGCACUGUAUACCAUGGAAAACUCCAGGAUGGGUGGGAAGUUGCAGUGAAGCGCCUGUAUGAGCACAACUGCAAGCGGGUGAGGCAGUUCAUGAAUGAAAUCCAGAUACUAACCUCCUUGAGGCACCCCAAUCUUGUCACGCUUUAUGGUUGCACCUCACGCUUGAGCCAGGAACUGCUCCUUGUCUACGAGUAUAUUCCCAAUGGUACCGUUGCUGAUCAUCUACAUGGCGAUCGAGCAAAUGUUGGUUCACUCACAUGGCCUAUUCGUAUGAACAUAGCCAUAGAAACCGCCAGUGCAUUGGCUUACCUCCAUGCUUCUGAUAUCAUCCAUCGCGAUAUCAAGACCAAUAACAUACUCCUUGACAAUAAUUUUUGCGUCAAAGUUGCUGAUUUUGGGCUUUCAAGAAUUUUCCCCAAUGAUGUCACUCAUGUCUCAACGGCCCCCCAAGGGACUCCCGGUUAUGUUGAUCCAGAGUACCACCAAUGCUACCAACUCACUGAUAAGAAUGAUGUCUAUAGCUUUGGGGUUGUGCUCGUAGAGCUCAUAUCAUCAAUGCCAUCCAUUGACAUUACUAGGCAUAAGCAAGAUAUUAAUUUGUCUGUCUUAGCGAUAAACAGAAUCCAAAAUAGUACCCUAGAUGAGUUAGUUGAUCCAACUCUUGGGUUUAAGUCAGAUUCUUCAAUUGAAAGGACGAUUACAUCAGUGGCAGAGGUGGCUUUUAGAUGCUUGCAACUUGACAAUGUCGGGGCAUUAACAAGUGCACAAUCACCUUCUUCGCCUAAGAGAGAUGAUGUUGUGUUGUUGAAGAAAAUAAAGUCACUAUCUUCACCGGAUUUCAUGAGCAACAAAUGGGUUAGUAGCUCUACCACAUCCAUUUCCAGUGGGUAAGGCUCCAUUUCACUCUCCUAAACUUCAAGAUAGAUGAUAAGAAAAUGCAUAUAACAACCGUAUAGUUUGCGAGUGAAUGGUUUUUGAAUUUCUUUCCUUUUCAUCUGCUUGCCUUUGUUACUGAUAUAUAUAUAUAUAUAUAUAUAUCAGAGAAUUAUAUUGAGGGAGGAAUGUACAUAGUAAAUGGAGAUCUCAA